AUGGGCAUCGUAGUUUGUUUAGUAACUACUCUCUUUGCAACCGACGGUUGGUAUUGCAAUUAUCAGUUGGAUUGCUCUCCCUUUGACAUUCACAAUUUUCAGUUUUGGGGUGACCAGAAGCAGGCCAAAAGCUGUACUGUACAAGAUGGCGCUGAUUCUUGCCGGACUGGAGCCACUACUAGUGUCAUUUUUGGACUGGCUUUAGGAUACAAGUCUGUCAUUAUCCCAAUUUUUUCCACUGCUGUCAGUAUAUUUGUUAGAUUUAGUCUUGCUGCCAUCUAUGGUAUUGCUGUUGCUGCUUUAGGCAUGCUGAGCAGUAUUGCUACUGGUCCGGCCAUUGAUGCCUAUGGGCCCACCAGUGACAAUAUUGCUGGAAGCAUUGCUCAGAUGGAUGGAACGAGCCACAGGUUUCAGGAGAUAACAGAUACACUUGAUACUGCAGGCAACACCACCGCAGCCCUAGGAAGGGGCUUUGCAAUUGAUUCAGCUGCCUUGGUCUCUCUCGCAGUCAAGCAGCUAUUUCCACUGUGGAUGUCUGACACCAAAGGUGUUCAUUGGGUUGAUUGUUGGUGCGAUGCUUCCUUACUGGUUCUCAGCCAUGACCAUGAAGAGUGUCGGCAGUGCAGCUCUGAAGAGGGUGGAGGAGGUCUGAAGGCACUAACUGAGGCUUAUGGAUGGUGCUCUGGUGAUGCUUCCACCCCUGAUCAUUGGAAUUUUGUGUCAUGGAAACCCUAUCUGGUGUUCUUGCUGGGUCUCUUGUUUCUGGUGUUCAGAUUGUUAUCUGAUCCUCAUCUAAUACUGGUGGUGCAUGGGACAAUGCCAAGUACAUCGAGAAUGGUAAAUUUCAAGAUAACAAAAUUGUGCUUGUUUAAACUUGGUUUACAUGAGGCUGGGGCAUCAGACCAUGCAAGGAGCCUUGGCCCUAAGGAAUCCGUUCCUCACAUGGCUGCUGUUAUUUGUGACACCAUCGGGGACCCUCUCAAGGAUACGUCCGGGUCGUCACCUAUCAAACUAAUGGUUGUGGAAUUUCUGGUGUUGGCACCAUUCUUUGCAACUCAAGGAAGUCUCUUGUUCAAGAUCUAA